UAAGCGAUCACGCCUUCUCCCACAAAUCCAGUGCUCGGCUCAAGCGCAGCUCUUUGGGCCAGCACAAGGUGACUUCAUCAUUGGACGCAUCCCACUUUGCUAGGCUACCACCUCGUAGUCCCGAUCGGCCCUCUUCAAGCCCUGGUGUACGUUUUGUUGAGACAAAACUGAGAAAUACCAGUUCUAAGAUCGGACCUUCGCCACUCUCUACAUCUCUGAACGCUCCUGGAGAAAUGAAUGUUGCCACUGAGACGCCAUCUGUUCCCCGGGUCUCCAAGAUGACUUUCCACAGAAAAAGUGCGUCUCAGGUCGUCUUUACCCAGCCCGCAGUUGUCAGUGGGAGCCGAAGCCGGCGCAACUCGACAACAGAGUCCGAUAAACGCACAUCAAAAGAUAGCAAAAGCGGACGGUGGCUGACACAUAUCAAAGACUGGGUCACGGUAUCUGAACCCUCCACCCAGGCUCUGAAGCAGCACAAGAAGGAUACGUACAAGCGAGCUGGCAUCGCUCUCAGUGACCCUCAGGCCAACGCGAAGCUGCACAUUCCGGUUGCCACUUUACCACCGGAAGCCAUAAAACCAUGUGGUCCAGGUCCGGAGCCCGAGGAGAUUGCACAACGAAAGGCGGAGCAAAAGAGACGGUUGAGGCAGUCGUACUCAACUGGGCGGCCCUCUCGUGGCUCGCGAUCGAGUACUAGUCAACACUCGUCGCUGAGUAAUCUACCCUCCAAAGAUUCCAAGGAUGGCAUGUAGGUAAAUGGAUCUUUGAAAUAGCCUUCAGUUCUCAUACGGACCCUGAUUUUGUGGUACAAGCCCCCACAUUCAUGCUAGUCUGUUUCCACUCGCUUUUCUUUUACUAUACCCUUGGCAUGGCGUG